AUGUCUUUCCGUUCCAUCUUUCCGGCCGCUCUGGCCGUUGCCUCUCAGUUCCAUGGCGCCAAUGCCUGGGGCGAUCUCGGCCAUGAAACCAUCGGAUACAUCGCAGAGAACUUUGUCAGCUCGGCCACCGAGAGCUACUGCAAAGACAUCCUCGGCAUCACCAAUUCGUCGUAUCUCGCGAGCGUCGCCACCUGGGCCGAUAGCUAUAAGUACACAUCGGCUGGAGAGUUCUCCAAGCCUUUCCACUUCAUCGAUGCCCAAGAUAGCCCUCCGAAGAGCUGCAGUGUUGAUUACUCCCGUGACUGCGGUGAUGAGGGAUGCAGUAUCAGUGCGAUGAAGAACUACACAAACCAAUUGUUGGACUCCUCGACCACCAAAGCCGAGUCAAUCGACGCUCUCAAGCUCAUCGUCCACCUCGUCGGUGACAUCCACCAGCCCCUCCACGACGAAAAUCUCGAGAUCGGUGGUAACGACAUCGACGUCAAGUACAACGGCGAAAGCACUAACCUGCACCACAUCUGGGACACCAAUAUGCCUGAGCAAGACGCCGGUGGCUACUGGCUGAGCGAUGCCGAGAACUACGCCUCUUUGCUGACCGACCGCAUCAAGACCGGCCAGUACAAGUCCAACUCGUCAUCCUGGCUCGACGGCAUGGACCUUACCGACCCGGUUUCGUCUUCGAUGAUCUGGGCCUCUGAUGCCAACUCGUACGUCUGCAGCACCGUGUUGGCGCCCGGUUUGGACUACAUCAACUCGACCGACUUGUCCGGCGACUACUACAACACCAGUCAGCCUGUCUUUGAAGAGCUGAUUGCGCGCGCCGGUUUCCGCUUGGCCAAGUGGCUUGACCUCAUUGCUGCCAGCGCUCCUAGCUCCUAG